CCCCGGGACCGGCCGCGGGGGAGGGGCGCCAGGUGAGCGGCCGCGGAGGGAGCGCGUGGCCCGGCGGCGGCGGCGGCAUGUCGGGCAGGAAGGACUGGUCGGCGCUGUCCAGCCUGGCCCGGCAGUGGAGCCUGGAGGACGAGGAGGAGCAGCAGCGAGAGCGCCGGCGACGCCACCGCAACCUCAGCUCCACGUCGGACGAGGACCGGCCGGCCCGGUCCGCCCCGAACGGGGGGCGGCCGGCCUCCGACAGGCUGCCCAGCGUGGAGGAAGCCGAGGUGCCCACAGCGCCGCCCGCGGCCCCCCGAGAUGAGGGCGAGGAGGUGCAGGCCAUCCUCAGGACGCGGAGGGAGCGGCGGCAGCGGCGGCAGGGGGUGGAGGCCACGCAGGCCCCCGUCCACGAGCAGCUGGAGGCCGAGGAGGGAGGGCACAGCCUGGGCCCCGGGCAGGCCACCCGGCCGUCCCUCACACCCACGAAGGAGGCGGCCGCCCCCCCACGCCGCGGCCUGAGCCAGCAGGCGCCCCGGGCCCGGGCGGAGGAGAGCGCGGCCGCCCCAGAGCCAGGGGCCAGGCAGAGGGGGGUCCCGGAGAAGCCCCCGGGCGCAGAGAAGAAGCCCGCCGGCCCGGAGAAGACGCCGGGGCGGGAAACGGGGCCGCGCUCCGAGGACACGCCCGUUGUCGCCGAGCGGAAGUCGGUGCUGGAGAAGAUGGACGUGUGGGAGCAAAGGCCGAGUCCGAGUCCCGCCGGAGCGGGCGCCCCCGGGAAGCAGCCGCCCCCAGGGAAGGCGGCGGGCGCGGAGAGGGGACGGGUGUCCGAGAGGGCGCUGAUCUUCGAGAAGGCGCAGGUCUCAGAGACAAAGCGGGUCCCCAAGAGGGCCGUGGCCUCGGAGCAGCCCCAGGCCCGGGAGAAGCCUCAGCCCAAGGAGAAGCCUCAGCCCGAGGAGAAGCCUCAGCAUCAGGAUCGUCCUCGGCCCAAGGACAAGCCUCAGCCCGAGGAUCAGCCUCGGCCCAAGGAGAAGCCUCAGCAUCAGGAUCAGCCUCGGCCCCAGGAGAAGCCUCAGCCUGAGGAUGAGCCUCGGCCCGAGGAGAAGCCUCAGCCCGAGGAUGAGCCUCGGCCCAAGGAGAAGCCUCAGCCCGAGGAUGAGCCUCGGCCCGAGGAGAAGGCCCAGGCUCGGGAGCAGCCCGUGGCCAGGGGAAGCCAGAGAGCCAGGCCCCUCUGCCGCCUGCCCUCGGCAGAGCCGGGGGGGUGCGCCCCUCCGACCGUGGCCUCCCGCCUCCCGCCCAUCACGCUCCAGGUGAAAAUUCCCAGCAAGGAGGAGGAGGAGGAGGAUGCCUUCUCGCCCACCGGGGCCACCUACAGCAGCUCCCUCCGCAGGUCCAGCCCCAGGACCAUCUCCUUCCGGAUGAGCCCCCGGAUCAACAACGCGGAAUCCACCCUCACCCGCAGUUCCAGCGUGAGGCUCCCGGUGAAGUUAGGCGAGAAGCUGGAGAGAUACCACACGGCCAUCCAGCGGUCAGUGUCCGUCAAGACCCCCGGCUCCGCCCGCACCGAGGUCUUCGUGGCGCCCGUGGGCGUGGCCAGCAAGCGCCACCUGUUCGAGAAGGAGCUGGGGGGCCAGGGCCCCGGCCGAGCAGAGCCCGCCUCCAGCCGCAGGGAGAACCUGAAACUCUCGGGGGUGGUGACCUCGAGGCUCAACCUGUGGAUCAGCAGGACCCAGGAGUCGGGGGACCAGGACCCCCAGGAGGCGAAGAGCGAGGCGGCAGCCACCAAGCGGACCCCGUGGGCGAAGAGAGCGGGCUCCACGCUGGAUGCCGAGGUGUGAGGCGGCGCCAGGCAGCUGCACGUCCCGCCUCCCUCGCGCCAGCCCUGCCUCCGCAGCUGCGCCCUCACCUCCCCGUCGCCCCGACCCUUCUCUGCCUCCGGACCUGGGCCCGGCAUGUCCGGGGCUCCGGCAGCUCCUUCCCGGGCAGCCCCGGGGGCGGGUGCCAGGCUCCGUCUCGUGCCACCGCGGGCACAGCCUCCCGGGACCCACGUCCGCCCUUGGCCUGGGAGUCCUGUCCACGCGGCGUCUCCGGCUCCGGCUGCUGCAGGGCCAGGCCCCCCGUCCCGUCCCAUCCGCCCGCCCCGCUCGGGUCUCCCCCCUCCCCUGGGCCCCUCGCUGAGUCCCUGUUCCAGACCUCGCACUCCCGCCCGCCUCGCCCGCCCUCACCCUGCAGGGAGCUCAGCCUCUGUGCCCCCCUCUGUGCUCAGGAAAGAUGGAUAAACUCGCUCACUUUGGUGUCAGUGA